AUGCCUGCCAGGCGGACUCCAAAGGUCGAGGCACUGGUUGUAAACGCUAUACGCAGAUUGCAAGAUCUGCAAGGCUCGACGUCGCAAGAAAUUAGCAACUAUAUUUCCCAGGAGUACGAUGUUCCUAAGAACGAGAUUGCACGACAAGUUCAAAUCGCUUUAAAACGCGGUUUAUCCUACGGGAUUCUGCAGCGUUCCGCGAGCGGCCACUAUUCGUGCAAUCGCAAUUGUCUCGAACAGCUUUCGUUGGGGGAUGGAACGGGUGAUGGGGUGAUAGAACCUUGCCCGAGUCAACCUUGGCGAUUCGGCGUACGUGAAAGAAAGAGGAAAAAAUUGAGAGCAAGGAGAAGGAGAAGGGAAAGGGAAAGAGAAAAAGAAUUGGAAAAGAGAAAGAAAAGGAGAGAAAGAUUGAGAGGGAAAAGGAGAGGCAGAUCUCGAGGACGAAGGAGAAGAAGAAGAACUAGAAGGAGAAGAAGAAGAAGCAGAACAAGAAGAGGAAAGAGAAGAAGUAGAACAAGAAGAGGAGGAAGAGGACGAAGCAGAACGAGAAGAGGAGGAAGAAGACGAAGAAGCAGAACAAGAAGAGGAGGCAGAAGCAGAACGAGAACAAGAACGCGCGCUGAUCGCAACGAGAUGGAAAUCGAGGCGAUGGUUUCGGAACCAAAGAGAAAUGACACUUCCAAAAACGAGGUCUCGCACAAAAGCGAUACUUCCAUAUCCGAACAUUCGGGCGAAAUGCAUUUUCAAGAUCCUCCUUUACAAGAUUCUCAGUCAUCGAACACGUCCGAUGAUGUCUCCGAGAUCAGGGAAGGGUAAAGUUUCUUUUAGGAGAUAAAAUGGGAAU